AUGGCUUCACCAAUACCCCCAGAUCCAUAUGUGGCCCUGGGUGUUUCCAAAGAAGCUGAUAUCUCAGCCAUCCGCGCCGCUCACCGAAAACUUGCUCUCAAGUACCACCCCGAUCGAAUAAAGGACGAAGCUUUGCGAGAAAAGGGCAAAGAUGAAUUUCAAAAGAUCCAACAGGCCUAUGAGAUUCUGAGUGAUCCUAAUCGGAGGCAACGGUACGAUGACCAGGUGCGGUUAGCAGAGCUUCGAAAGGAAGCCAUGAUGAGAGAUCCGCCACCGUCGAGCACAAACACCCGCACCUAUCCCAUGAGGCCUGCACCGCAAGCAGCCACAUCUCAACCUCGCGAUUAUAACGAACACGGCAACUACUUUGAAGAGGUCCGCCAACCUCGCGAUGCGUAUGAAUACCGAGAUCCAUACGAUGAGCAACCUCCACGAGCCACUGCGCGAAAGUAUGCCGAAUUUGAAAGACGCGCCGCUCCACCACCUAAGACCACUGAAAAAUCCAGAAAACCUACUGGCAUCUGGCCUGGCAUGCCUGCGGCUAUGGCUGCGGGCAAAUUCAAAGCGCAAGCAGAGAAGAUCAGGUCCCAGAAAGCAGACGAAAAGAGAAAUGACAAGGAGAAGAGGCGGGAACGAACAGACAAAGCACAGACGAGGAAACCCGCCAACUUUGAAGGGACCGACAGCGAUUCUGAUUACACUGAGAUCCGUCCCUCGAUGAAGUCGUCUCGUUCCAAAACCACCUCGGCUUUCGAUCGUCCUUCCGAGAGACCACGACCAACGGCACGGGCCGAACGGUCUCGCGACAUGGAUGAGGAGAGCUUUGAUGAGAAAUGGGAACGACAUCACGAGGAAAGCAAGGCUUAUAUGGCCAAGGCGACAAAUCGGCCUAGCUUGGAUCGCAAUGGAUCGGAUGCCUAUCAGUACUGGAAUGGAGAGUCAAAGAGCAGUGGCCGCAAGAGUGGCUCAGACAAUGAAAAGAGGCCUGGGUCGUCAAAGGGCCGGCGAAGCCAUCCCGAUGACUACUUUACGCCAUCUUUCACAAAAUCGACCUCCUCUCCAUCCAACCUCCGGGCACAUGUUGAAGAACGUGUUCCUCCGAGACCCACAACACGUGAGCGGGAAAGAGAACGUGAACGAGAUCAUGACCGAGAGCGGGAACGGGAAAGGGACCGAGAUCGUGGUGAGCAACGCAGAGCACCACCUCCUGGCCUGCAUCGUUCUCAGACUACACCGACGCCUAAAGUGUCCUCAGGUAGAAAGGACUCGGUUCCUUCCAAAGGCUCCAACUUGAAGCAUGGCGAGACAACAAUGCACGAUUCUGGAUAUGGCAGCAGUUCCAGUCCACACACGCCUGAGAUGCGAGAAGAAAGCCCACCCAGGCCGACCAAACCCCGAUACCCUUCCACAACUUCAACCAAGUAUCAAAUUGUUGACCCAGAUCCUGACGCUGAUGACUAUGGACGGACUCCCAGGGUGCGGGAGGUCUACGGUGAUUACGAAGACCGCUCCCACCGGAGGUACCGCAGUCCAGAGCCCAUUGCGGUGGAGCCAUCACGGGACUCUGACCGUCGCAAGGAGAGACCGGAGCGUCCUCGUGUUGACACCAAGAAGUCGUCUCGUGGCGCUGCUAUGAUGCAGGACUUUAUUCCACCGUCUCCUACCAUGCGACGAGGUGACUCGACGCGAUAUGAGGAGAGGCCGUCCCCACGGUCCCCACGCGACACACCACCCAUCUCGCGCAACAAUAGCGGUCGUGAGAAGUCAUUUGGCGAGCCCACCGAAGAGCGAGAGCCCUCGAGGUAUGCCCGACCAUAUCCCGUGGACAAAGUCCACAUCACCCCCCGUCGAGAACCGCAAUAUUCGCAAUACGAGUAUCGCGAGCCGGAUGAUCGAUCUCGAUUCCGGGACGCCCCCCGAAUGACACCACGGCGCCCGUCAGUGAACGCAUACUGA